AACUUGCAGUAUUUUUUGAUUGCAGAUAUUAAUCCUGAGUACUCAGACAACAGCCUGUUGGUACGCAGAAGAAAACUUCUACUUCAACGCGUCAGUUGACGCGACGCACCGUGACGUCGCCCACGUUCAGAACAGAAUCAGCAGCUCAUUAGAAUAUUCACAGCUGUUUUGUGACAUAACAAAUGCAACAGAAGGUUUGAUAGUUGCUUCGAACCUGUUCACUCAUUUACUCGCAUAUUUCUGAGGGACAGACAAGAAACACAGGAGCGAGAAGCAGAGACAAAGAGGGAGCAAGUUUUAUAUCUGAGUACCUGAAACCCUGAACAGAGGAAGGACAACAUCAGGGGACGAGAUCUACCUGAAUGUGAUCCUGCUGGAGUCCUGUUUUUUUCACCCUGUGAUAUUUCUGAGGGAAGAGCUACAUCAAAGAGGGUCAAGGAAGAAAAAAAAAAAAAGAAAAAGAACCGCAUUCCACAGAUGUAUCCAUGGCAACAGCUUCUAGUGUUGAUCAUCCCAAGAUGGCGGACGAGGAGAAAGCCACAGCGCUCCCACUUGCUUCCGAAGCCAAGAAACGUCGGGCACCUAAAGCUCCAGAGCUUCCUAUUGUGGAAAGGAGAAACUGGUUAAUCCACCAGCACUAUAUCCGCAAAGAUUAUGAUACCUGUAAGGCGAUCAUCAAAGAACAGCUGCAGGAGACUAAUGGAAUGUGUGAAUAUGCCAUAUAUGUUCAAGCACUAAUCUUGCGUCUUGAGGGCAAGAUCCAACAGUCCCUGGAGCUGUUUCAGAGCUGUGCCAUCCUUAAUCCCAACAGCACUGACAAUGUGAAGCAAGUGGCCAGAUCACUAUUUCUCCUGGGAAAGCACAAAGCAGCUAUUGAAUUCUAUCAUGAAGCUGCAAGGCUCAACGAGAAAGACUGGGAGAUCAGUCAUAAUCUGGGGCUGUGCUAUUUCUUCAUCAAAGACUUCAAAAAUGCUGAAGAGCAUCUAAAUGUAGCUCUCCAGUUAAACAAACACGACAAGACUUUCAUGAUGCUCGGGAAGGUUCAUUUGCUGGCAGGAGAAGUUGACAAGGCCAUCGAAGUGUACAAGAGGGCAGUGGAAUUCUCUCCAGAGAACACUGAACUCCUGACUACUCUUGGCCUGCUGUUUCUACAGCUUGGGAAAUACCAAAAAGCUUUUGAGCACCUUGGAAAUGCCCUCACGUUUGACCCCAACAAUUAUAAGGCCAUCCUGGCUGCUGGCAGCAUGAUGCAGACCCAUGGUGACUUUGAUGUGGCCAUGAACAAGUACCGAGUGGCAGCAUGUGCUGUGCCCGAGAGCCCCCCUCUCUGGAAUAAUAUCGGCAUGUGCUUCUUUGGCAAAAAGAAAUACGUAGCCGCUAUCAGCUGCCUGAAGCGAGCUCACUACUUGUCUCCUUUUGACUGGAAAGUGUUGUACAACCUGGGUCUGGUGCACCUGACCAUGCAGCAGUACGCUUCUGCCUUCCACUUCCUCAGCGCAGCCAUCAACCUGAACCCACGGAUGGGGGAUCUCUACAUGUUGCUCGCAGUGGCUCUGACCAACUUGGAGGAUGUAGAAAAUGCCACCAGAGCAUAUGAACAAGCUGUGACUCUGGACGAAUCCAACCCUCUGGUCAACCUGAACUUUGCAAUUUUCCUCUACAACCAUGGUGAUAAGAAGGGAGCUCUGGAUCAAUAUCAGGAGAUGGAGAGGAAAGUAAAUGUGCUAAGAGACGGCAGUAGCAACUUUGAGUUUGAUCCUGAGCUAAUGGACAUGGCUCAGAAGAUGGGAGCUGCCCUUCAGGUGACGGAGAGUCUGGUGUGGACUAAACCAUCCAAAGACUCCAAAUCAAAACCAAACUCAGCAGCAGCAACCAAAACCCCUGGUGCUCCCCUCGGUACUAACCAAGCCCUGGGUCAGGCCAUGUCUUCUGCUGCCAGCUACAACAGAAACAUCCAGCUACCAACAGGAGUUUCUAAAGGCCCUUCCAUGCCCCUUGAGUCAGAACCUGAUGUGGAGAAAGCCCCCAGCCCGCCCUCCGAUCCUCCAGGCUCCCCAGAACCCGCAGAGCCAGAGAACCCCAAACCCAAAACUUCUAAGAAAAAGUCAAAGGUGGAAGAAUGAAUUAGCUUGGAGGCUACACUCUCAUUUGACAGUAUAGAUCUCUCCCAUGUUUAUGGAGGCAAAUUAAGACUCUUGAACACAAAACAAGCUUAUGUGGUUUUCUAGCUCAUUGUAGUUAGAUAUGAAGCUUGAGCUAUCGUUUUAUGGUUUAGGUACACGGUGCACAGACAUGUUCUACACAAUAAUUCACUUCUACACAGAAAAGGGCAAGGGUCAAGUUUCCGCCUACUUGUUCAUUUUUGUCGUACCAUAUAUUUCAGGAAAAUGGAAAGUCAUCACAACAAUUAUCACUAUUUCUUGUAAAUUAAUGUGGAUGUGAGAGGUUUGGUGCACAUGUCAAAUUCAAUCCUAAAAGAUGUUGCAGUUUGAGAGCGGCUCUUAUUUAACAAAAAAAAACAAAACAGUAAUACGGGUGGAUAGUGGAUUAGCUCAGCAAUAAGGUUAAAUGAUGAUUUUUCCUUGUGUUGACAUUUCUAGGGAGGGUGUCAGUCCUUCAGCUGUUGGGCGUUCCUUCAGCUAAAUAAAUGUAAAGGCACUGCUGCGACAAUCACUGCUAAAAAUCCGAAUACAGAGAUGGAUGUUUUUGAAUAGCUGUUUGUAUGAUAGGACUCCUUUUUUGAGGAAUGAGUGUAAAUAGUGAUACAUGCUUUUAUAUGUGGAUAAAUGUUAUGUUUAUAUAGAGUAAUGUAUUUAAUAAUAAAUCAGAGUCUUACAAGAAAA